UGACGGAGACCAUUCUGUCAUUUUUCAACCACAAUUGAUUUUGCAAGUGAGAAAAUAUAUUUUAUAAAGAUGUUCCACGAUAGCGCAGCUCGACUUUUAGUUCCUGCAAUCCGUAAUACCUUGCAGAAAAGAUGUCAAUCAGUAGUUCCAGGCCCACCAAGGGUUCAUGUAUCUAAAGCUGAAAAGUUAGUGCUUGGCGGCGGUAUGUGUGCUUCGUUGCUAGUUAUUCCUGCAUGGGUUUUGUAUCAUAUUCGGGAAUACAAAAGUGGAAACUAAUUUAUGUAAUCAAUUUUCGUAAAUUUCAUUAAAUUAAAUUGUAUGAAUAGAUAAUGGUUAAUAAAUGUAAACGUUAGAAAACCAAAAACUAA